ACUCGCAGAGCAACUCGACGUCACCAGCGAGAUCUGAGGGGAUUAUUACUUUCUUUUCGUGUUGAUAGUCUGUUUUGAAUUAAGUGUACUAUAUUAUCACUGUAAAACUUUGUGGUUUAUGUCCUCAUGACUGUAUAUUGCAUAAAAGAUGAAAAGAGGGAGAAAUAGACUUCGGGGAACUGAAUCAAGAGCGACUGUGAAGAGAAAUGAAGAGAUCCAUGAGAAAAAAAUCGUGAUGGUGUGUGGGAGAUCCACGUAUGUUGUCGGACUGACAGGCUGCGAGAGAUUCCUUAAAGUCAGCAAACGAGAACAUUUGUCGUGGAAGAAACAGAAGCUUGUGCAUAUCCAUCAGGCUCUGAACAGCGACCCUGUGAACAUUGAGACCCUGCGGCAGGCAGCUAUAAGUGAAGGAGGUUUGCUGACGGAUGACAUGAGGAGAAAAGUUUGGCCCAAACUUCUCAAUGUCAAUGUCUACAAUCUUCCUGCCAAACCCUCCAAAGAUGUCCGUGAGAACCACAAAGACUUCAGACAGGUGGUGCUUGAUGUCAGGAGAUCAAUGAGGCGCUUCCCUAAGGGCAUGCGUGUGGAUGAGCGGGAGGUUCUCCAGGAACAGCUGAUUGACAUCAUUCUGGAUGUAUUGAGGAGAAACCCUCAGCUGCACUAUUAUCAGGGAUAUCAUGACUUUGUUGUGACCUUCCUGCUGGUGGUGGGAGAGAGAAUGACCAUUGCGCUCAUGGAGAAACUGUCCAAUCACCAUCUCAGGGAUUUCAUGGACCCCACUAUGGACAGCACAAAACACAUAUUGAACUACCUGAUGCCCAUUCUGGAGCAUGUGGACCCUGUGCUACACGACUUCAUGAUCAGGGCCGAGGUUGGCACUAUCUUUGCCCUGAGCUGGCUGAUCACAUGGUACGGCUACGUUCUGUCAGAUUUCCGGCACAUUCUCCGGCUCUAUGAUUUCUUCCUGGCCUCUCACCCGCUCAUGGCUGUCUACUUUGCUGCUGUGAUUGUGUUGUACAGACAGGAGGAGGUGAAGAACUGUGAUUGUGAUAUGCCCAGCGUUCAUCAGCUGCUUUCACGAAUGCCUCAGGAUCUGCCGUACGAGGAUCUGAUUGGUCGAGCUCAGAGUCUGUUCAUGAGCUGCCCGCCUUCUCUGCUGGCUCAAUCUGUAGCUUUGCAGUCACACAACAUCGUCGCCAUCAGGACCUUCAAGGACUUCCAGAGGUCAACGCUGAUGCAGCGUCCAGACUCAGUCCUGCGUGAGCAGCUCCAGAAACGCCAUGAAAACCAGUUAGCCCUUCCCAUGAACACCCAACCAACAACCACUAAUCAGUUGGUUAAAAUGGCAGUGUGGGGUCUUUCUGCCACACUAGGGGCGACCGCGCUGGCCGUGGUCCAGACGGCUUUAAACUGGGCUCCUGAGUUUCUAUCGCAGCUCUUCUGAUGACGUGUCUUCAUCGAGUCAAUCGGGGUGCACUGCAUUCAAAAAUAUGUGUAACCCAAGCGAGUGAAUCUCUUAUUUUUUCCUUAUUUCUUUGUGGAGUUAAGAUUGGAGAGGUGGGUUUUUGUAAUGACAAGCAUUUCUGGAUGAUAUUCAGAGAAACUGAACGUUCGCAGCAGCAGCACAAAACUCAAAUUAUGUACAGCGUAUUUCUCCUGAGCUCCGUCGGUUGUAAGUGAAGGAAAAGCUCAUUAACAGGAGAAACCAGGUGAUGGAUGAAGACCACAGAGAAUACACAACUGAACACUUCACACCAGAAGAAGACUAUACGGUAUUUAAGACGUCACAAUGGAUGAAUGUCAGUACAUUUUGUUACACAAUUUAUAGUUUUUUUUAAUGAAGUGGCUUUAGAAAGUAAAGGGGUAGAUCAUGUGACAUCACUCACUUUAGGGUUGUAAAGCAUUUCUCAAGUCACGCUGCACUUUGACCUCCACUUGUAAAGAAGAAACAAGACUACAAUGAUGUAUUUAUAUCUUUGAGUGUUAAAAUAUAUGUUCAACUCAGAAUUGUAUGCACAAAAUAUCUUCCACAUUAUUUUGAAUUCAAUAUGUCAUUUGAAUCGUUUGUUAAAAAGUCCAGCGACUGACGGUUUAAAAUCUGUAAGCUUUACAUUUACAGACCUGUAAUAAUUCAAUGCUUAAGGUUGUGUAUACCGCUGGGUUAAUCAAGUGGAGGCCCGCCGGUCAUCUUUGUCUCAUUUAAAAUCAGCGUGGUUACUUUAAAGCUGCCUUUCCAUUGUACAAAACAAAUGACGGCCAAA